AGCGCCAGAAGUGGCGGGCAUUCUGGGUAACGAGGUGUUUACUUCCUGCGGUUGCGCAGGCUGUGGCCGUGUAUCUCCCUGUUGCUCUUCCCAUCGGAGAAGAUGGCCCUGGAGACAGUGCCGAAGGACCUGCGGCAUCUGCGGGCCUGUUUGCUGUGUUCGCUGGUCAAGACUAUAGACCAGUUUGAAUAUGAUGGUUGUGACAAUUGUGAUGCAUAUCUACAAAUGAAAGGUAACCGUGAGAUGGUAUAUGACUGCACCAGCUCUUCCUUUGAUGGAAUCAUUGCGAUGAUGAGUCCAGAGGACAGCUGGGUCUCCAAGUGGCAGCGAGUCAGUAACUUUAAGCCAGGUGUAUAUGCGGUGUCAGUCACUGGUCGCCUGCCCCAAGGAAUCGUGCGGGAGCUGAAAAGUCGAGGAGUGGCCUACAAAUCCAGAGACACAGCUAUAAAGACCUAGCAAGAUGCAGGGCUGCCAGCAUCUUUGCUCUCCUGCCUCUGCUUAUUUCUUGUUCUGGAACUAAAUGAGCAGAACUUCAAAUACUUCCUACCCUCCAAUUCAGACUCAGCUGACUGUUGAGAAAGCAGCACAUCAUUUUAUCUUCUUUGGACUACAAGUGGGGUGGGAGGGAUUUGGGUUGGUGGAUUAACAGAUGGAAUUGAGGAGAGAGUAGGAUACUGAUUUUCCUGCCCAUGGCCCAGGGCUGUGCCUUCCCCAUGCUGAGGACUCUAGGUCAAAUGUCAAUAAAUAUGAACCUCCUCUAGAAAGUUCUGAAGGCCAUGACACCUGCCUUGCCUCCCUCUUCCAUUCUCUUAGGCACAGUAAUAGCUUAUUUUGCCCUAUAAGGAGCUUCCCAGAGCAGCAGAGGCCCUUCUACUCCCUUUUGACUAUCUCAGCCUCUGGGAUUGCAGCCUUUCUAGUGUGCUUCCUAUCAGAAGGUGGUGUCCAGAGGCUUGGUAACCCCAUCAGCUUGGUGGCCCUGGUGUCUCGUGGUUGUAUCCUGCCCUCGAGACCUGGCACAGCAGUACCCCUUGAAGAAAUCCUGAGGCUUUGUAGUGCUCCUUGACCAUGUUUAAUAAUUCUUCCCCCACCCCCGCUCUUCCUAUACCUUAGGCCAGUCUCAAGCACUUACUGGAGGCCCUUGGGCCUUGGGCGACCAUUGGGUCCUAGUCUGCCUUGUUUGUGCCCCUGUAGGAGGUAGAUCCUUUUCUCCUCUGGCCUAGUAGGGGACCUUGGGUAACAUCCCAUUUUUCGGCCAAGGUGAGUUACUUGCUUUAGGAUUAAAAAAAUUUACCACGAAUUCUCGUUUAUUUAAAUUUCCACAGAAAUCCCCAUUUUGAUUUCCCUAAGUUCCUUGUUCUCCCUCUAAAAAGAAAAUGAUUACACCCUGCCUGUUUACCUCAGGAUUGUUGUGACUGUAGAAACGAGGCUAUGUGAAAAUUAUAUAAGUAUUAUAAAGGUGAAAUCCUUUUGCUCUC